AGAAAAAAAUUGAUGACUGAGCUUUUGAUCUCACAUCACAGAAUACUUGAAGCUAUCUGCCUUUUAUUUGACCUACAAACAAAAUGAGCUUAUUCUUGAACAGGAAAAUUUCUAAAUGGUUAAAAUACAAAAACAUUCACCGAUGCAGGAUUUCCAGGGUCCAUUUGCAUAAAUCUAGGGAAGAUAAAAGAAACUGUAGCAGGACACCUUGAUUCCAUUUGUGACAGCCAGAUGAUUAAAUGAAGCAGAUGGCACAAGACUACUGGACAUGAACAAGCUAGCUGGAAAAUUUGCAGCCUGAAAUAGAAAGCCUAGCUAAGCGUCUUCGCUAUGAAGUUUCAAUUCGUGGGAAGCAACUGGAUUGGUCUGAAAAAGUUGCUAGAUUCCAUUUCAGGAAGAAUCUAGGAAGGAUUGUUUCAGAACUGUAUGUUCGAGACAACUGCCACCCCUUCAAGGCUAGUCUGCUGAUGUGGAUACAGAUUCCAGCGUGGGUGUUUGUUUCCAUAGCUUUGCGUAACUGCAGUGUAGGUGCCGCAGACUCAGAAGGCCUUGCAGUUCAGGAACAGCUGUCAACAGGCGGAACCCUGUGGUUUACAGACCUUACUUUACCAGAUACUACAUGGAUUUUGCCAAUCUCACUUGGGCUCCUCAAUUUGCUAUUAGUGGAGAUCUUUGCUUUGCGAAAACUUGAACUGUCUAGGUUCCAGAAGUAUGUUACCAAUUUCAUUCGAGGACUGUCAUUACUGAUGAUUCCUAUUGCUGCAACUGUACCUUCAGCUGGUAAAGAAGGAAUGAUCCAAAUAGAUUUACCAAAAAUCAGACCGGGGCAGUAUGGGCUGGUGACUCCAAUCAGCACUAGUGCGGAUGGAAGCUUCAUUUCCAAUAUUAUCUCUGCAAGCCAUCAAAGAAGAUUAACAAGGGAUGUAUCCCAAAGCUCCAAAAAACUAUAUUUUAACAUCACAGCUUUUGGAAGAGAAUUCCAUCUCCGGCUAAGACCUAACACCCAUCUGGUGGCUCCUGAGGCUGUAGUGGAGUGGUAUGAAGAUUUUGUGGAAACUGGAAAUGGAACCGAUGCUGGUAACAAAAGUCAGGCUAGCAGUGCAACAGAGCGGAUAUGGAAAAAAGAGCCUCUGUGGACCAAUUGUACAUAUGUUGGAGAUAUCACUGAUAUCCCAGGAGCAUCUGUUGCUAUUAGCAACUGCGAUGGUCUGGCUGGAAUGAUAAGAACUGAUAAGGAUGAAUAUUUCAUUGAACCUUUGGAAAGAGGCAAACAAAUGGAAGAAGAGAGAGGAAGAAUUCACGUGGUCUACAGGAGAUCAGCUGUAACACAAGAUCCUGCCGACAUGCUCCUAGACUUCCAUACGGAAGGGUCUCUUCUCAGCAGCCUGGAUAGUCUGGAUUCCAUGUACAGCAACAUAGAGCAGCAGGUAAAUGAAACGCUGAGACGACGCAGACAUGCAGGUGACAAUGACUACAACAUUGAAGUGCUUCUAGGAGUUGACGACUCCGUCGUCCGAUUUCACGGCAAAGAACAUGUGCAGAACUACCUCCUCACCCUUAUGAACAUAGUGAACGAAAUUUACCACGAUGAAUCCCUUGGGGUCCACAUAAAUGUGGUGCUGGUGCGAAUGAUUAUGCUGGGAUAUGCAAAGUCCAUCAGCUUGAUUGAAAGGGGAAACCCGUCAAGAAGCCUGGAGAAUGUUUGCCGCUGGGCGUACCAGCAACAGAAGUCGGAUCCCAACCAUUCUGAGCACCACGAUCACGCCAUUUUUUUAACCAGGCAAGAUUUUGGGCCUGCUGGUAUGCAAGGAUAUGCUCCCGUCACUGGCAUGUGUCACCCUGUAAGAAGCUGCACUCUCAACCACGAGGAUGGGUUUUCUUCAGCUUUUGUAGUUGCCCAUGAAACUGGUCAUGUGUUGGGAAUGGAGCAUGAUGGACAAGGAAACAGAUGCGGGGAUGAGACUGCUAUGGGGAGUGUUAUGGCUCCUUUGGUGCAGGCUGCAUUUCAUCGCUACCAUUGGUCCCGGUGCAGUGGCCAAGAACUCAAAAGAUACAUCCACUCCUAUGACUGUCUCCUUGAUGACCCCUUCGAACACGAUUGGCCCAAACUUCCUGAACUGCCAGGAAUCAAUUAUUCUAUGGAUGAGCAAUGCCGCUUUGAUUUUGGUGUUGGCUACAAAAUGUGCACAGCGUUUCGAACCUUUGACCCAUGUAAGCAGCUGUGGUGUAGCCAUCCAGAUAAUCCAUUCUUCUGUAAGACUAAGAAAGGACCUCCGCUCGAUGGCACAGAGUGUGCCCCUGGGAAAUGGUGCUAUAAAGGUCACUGCAUGUGGAAGAAUGCUAACCAGCUGAAACAGGAUGGCAACUGGGGAUCCUGGACCAAGUUUGGCUCCUGUUCGCGGACCUGUGGUACUGGCGUUCGCUUCAGAACCCGCCAGUGCAACAAUCCAAUGCCUAUCAAUGGUGGUCAAGAUUGUGCCAGUGUGAAUUUUGAGUAUCAGCUUUGCAACACAGAAGAAUGUCCAAAGCACUUUGAGGACUUCCGAGCGCAGCAAUGUCAGCAGCGUAAUUCCCAUUUCGAGUAUCAGAAGAGCAAGCACCACUGGCUGCCAUAUGAGCACCCUGACUCCAACAAAAGAUGCCACUUAUACUGCCAGUCCAAAGAAACUGGAAAUGUUGCUUAUAUGAAACAACUGGCACAUGACGGGACUCGCUGUUCCUAUAAAGAUCCAUACAGCAUUUGCGUGCGGGGAGAGUGUGUGAAAGUGGGCUGUGACAAGGAAAUUGGUUCCAACAAAGUUGAAGAUAAAUGUGGGGUCUGCGGUGGAGAUAACACUCAUUGCCGAACUGUCAAAGGGACCUUUACCCGGACUCCCAAAAAGCCUGGAAAACAUUUAAGCAAGAGGUGCCAAAGAGAAUUCAAGUUGCUGGAAAAUGAAAUCUGGAAGACAAGAGGAGCAUUCACUUUGCCCAAAGGAGCUCGUAAUAUUUCUCUCUCUGAAACCAGGGAGUCUAAAAAUAUUCUGGCCAUUAAGAAUCAGGCUACGGGACACUAUAUUCUGAAUGGGAAACGAGAGGAGGCCAAGUCACGGUCCUUCAUCGAUCUUGGUGUCGAGUGGGAGUACAACAUAGAAGAUGACAUAGAAACGCUUCAUACCGAUGGGCCCUUGCAUGAUGCUGUUGUUGUAUUGGUCAUUCCUCAGGAGAACGACACAAGAUCUAGCUUGACUUACAAAUACAUCAUUCAUGAGGACUCAGUACCCACUAUCAACAGUAACAACAUUCUUCAGGACGAAAUAGACACCUUUGAGUGGGCUUUGAAGAGUUGGUCCCAGUGCUCCAAACCUUGUGCUGGAGGUUUCCAAUAUACUAAAUAUGGGUGCCGCAGGAAAAGUGAUAACAAAAUGGUUCACCGCAAUUUCUGCGAAGCCAGCAAGAAACCAAAGCCUAUUCGUAGGAUGUGCAAUCUGCAGACGAAUGAGAUGUGUGUCUCAAAUGAUGGAGUUCGUGCUUGUAAGGAAUGGUGGGAGGGAAAAGAAGAGAAUAAAGUUCAUGGACCUCAAGAAGGCAGAUUUCAGCAAACUCAGAAAAUCGGUCAGUAA